CUGCAGAUUGUUGUUUCUCCCUCUUACAAUUUAAACGAAAAAUGACAAAAUAAAAUGUGAUUCAAACUGGUCAAUAUCAUUUAAUCUUUGACUACAACUCAGACCAAUCUCACAAUUUAACUGUUUUAUAAAUCAUCAUGAGAUUAUCAAACAAUCUUGCCAUCGCUUUAAUUGUCGCUUUAAUCAUUUUUAUUGUGUCUGUUGAUUGUUCUAAAAAAAGAAAUCGAUAUCGAAGUAAAAGACCAAAAGGAACCUGUAACCUAUCCGAGUUGGACAAAUGUCUGGACAGGCUGGAAGGUAACAGGACCGAUACUUAUAAAUUGCUGAAAGAUAGUCAUGGAUUGAAUGAGAUUUGCAGUACCGUUCAAGAAACUAUCUCUUGUUUCAAACAGUAUGUUGAGAGAUGUGGUACGCCAUUACAAUACGAGCUUUUUGAUUUCACUUUGGAAUACUUCACCAAAUCUAUUGAUAAAUUCUGUAAGCCUGGACCAGAUAGAGAUGCUUUCUUGAAACACUCACCAUGUGCUGUUGAAAAGGUACUUGGAACCCAAGAGACAAAGAAAACAUGUAACAACCCUUUUUUGGCAACGAUUGAAAAAAGUGAUAAAAACAGCAGUCUCGAUCAUCGUCUGGAUUCUGUUUGUUGUUCAUACAAUAGAUGGGAAGAUUGUUUAAUGACAUCAAUCGAGAAAGAAUGUGGUAAGGAUGGAAGAGAAUCGAUAUUCAAUUUCUUGGACAAAGCUUUUGCAGGUUUGAUUCGAAUGGUCUGUAACCAUGAUGAGUUUAACUACAAACUGGAUAAAUGCAAGGCAGUCUUCGCUCCUGAUGGUGUCGAAGUCGAUUUACGUACAACUGAACAUCCAUUUUUAAAAUACCUUGCAUCUUACUUUGGUUUCCUAUUCAAUUAAUUUGAAACCAAUGACACAAUGUGAUUCAUCUUUUUUUUGUUGAAAAUAUUCGUCAUCCAAUGUUUUUUAUUUGUUGAUUUCACCUGUCAUUUAAUGGGGAAAGGUUUAUCUUUAGUCAUUAUUAAUUGUACACAAAAUUGUUCUCAAUCAAAUUAAUAAUACGUUAAUAAAUUAAUAAGUGAUUAAGUA